AUGAGGAAGCUGGGCGCCGGGAGGGGCGAGGAGUUGGAAAUACCGUACACCGAGACUCAAGUUGUCAAUGUGCAAGGCGCUCUGCUCGACACUCUUGGAGAUCUCAGAGGCCUGGGCGUUGGCAAGUCACUGGACCUUCCACAGAUCAUCGUGUGCGGAGACCCGUCGCCGGGCAAAAGCUCGGUGCUGGCAACGAUCUCUGAAUACCCGUUCCCCGUCUCAGACGGUUUGUGCACUAGUUCUCCGACCCAACUGGCGUUGAGGCGGAAGGAGUCUAGUUUCCAGGCGAGCAUACGACCGGGUCCGACCAGAAGAGCGGACGAGAAAGCCAAGUUGGAGCGCUUCCGGGUUGACUACGUCGACCUUGCGGCCGUGGAGUCGGUAUACGAGCAGGCUAAACUCGCCAUAGGUAUUGACGACAACAGCUCCUUCACAGACGACACGCUCUGCCUCGAGCUCGGCGAGCUGCACCUGCUAAACCUCACCUUGGUCGACCCCCCGGGGUUUUUCCACAGCAGCGGCAUAGGCCAGACGGUGGCAGACGCGGAUUUCGUCCAGAAGAUGGGGCUAGCAUACAUGAAGCAGCCUUGGACCGUCGUCCUCCGUCGUCGCGUCCGCCGAGGUCCCAACUGGCCAACCAGAUCGUCACUAGGCACGCCUGCCAGGCCGAUUCGGACGGGCAGCGCACGAUCGGAUUACUAA